AAGACCCCACAUGUUGAAGAGGUAAUGUAAUAUUACUACUACUACCACGUCACUAUUUCCACCACCAUUUUUCCAUGAUGCAAAUCAAGAGCGGUUUUCCGUUCCAACGUUUCACCGUUAUUUACUCAUUCAUUCAUCAUUACUACCACUACUACUAAAUGGUACUAUGGUGGAGCUCCCAUUAACUUUGUCAGUUAGAGCCGUUCCACUUCACACCAUUUUUCUCGCACACACCGUUACAGCCACCACACCAAAUAAUCCCGUUAACAAUAACAACAACCAUUCUUAAAAUCCUCUAUGUUCUGUUCUGUUCUUCACCACCACAAAAAAACUUUACUCUUUUUUUCAACUCUUCUAUUGCUACUACUACUACUACCCCACUAUUUCAUUUACAUUCAUAACCAACACUACACAACACAACACAACACAACCCAUUUAGGUGCAGAUUAUUAAAGUGUGUUUUGUUACGGAACAAAAAGACAUUCUUCACUUUAUUUCAGAUCUGUAAUACAAGAAAAAUUAGCUUUGUCUUUCACCCAACAUUAGUCUUAUUGCAGAAACACUUCAUUCUUUGUUGCUGCUGGAACUGGAGGUGGAAAAAAAAUGAAACUUGUUCAUACUUUAUGCUUUAUUAUAUGCAUAUUGUGUGUGAAUUUAUGGCAUGGAAAUUGUGAACCUGUUGAAGAUAAAGUGGUUUUGCUGGAGUUUAUGAACAAGUUUUCACCUUCAAGGACUCUGAAUUGGAAUGAGAGUUUAUCUGUUUGUGAUAAUUGGACUGGUGUAACUUGCAAUGAAGAUAGGUCUAGAGUAAUAGCUAUUCGUUUACCAGGUGUUGGAUUUCAUGGAAAUAUUCCACCUAAUACUAUUAGUAACCUUUCAGCUCUUCAAAUUCUGAGUCUUAGAUCCAAUUUCAUAACUGGGUUUUUUCCUUCUGAUUUUUCCAAUCUAAAAAACUUGUCUUUUCUUUAUCUUCAGUUCAAUAAUUUAUCUGGGUCUUUACCUGAUUUCUCAGCUUGGAAAAAUCUUACUGUUGUUAAUUUGUCAAAUAACAAAUUCAAUGGUAGUAUUCCUUUUUCACUUUCUAAUUUGACUCAGCUUUCUGGUUUGAACCUUGCAAACAAUUCUCUUUCUGGUGAAAUUCCUGAUCUUCAUUUCUCAAGAUUGCAGCAGCUGAAUUUGUCUAACAAUAAUUUACAUGGAACUGUGCCUAUGUCUUUACAGAGAUUUCCUGAUUCAGCUUUCAUUGGAAAUAAUAUUACUCUUGGAAAUUAUACUGCUGUUUCGCCUGUGGUUUCGCCGGUUUUUGUGCCUUCUUCGAGCUCUGAGAAACGUGGGAGAUUAAGUGAAACAGCACUUCUGGGAAUUGUUAUUGUUGGUAGUUUUCUUGGGCUUGUAGCAUUUGGUUUUUUGAUGUUUGUGUGCUGCAGUUCUAGAAAAAAAGGUGAAGACGACGAUGAUGCAUUUGUUGGAAUGUCGAAUAAGGGUAAAAUGUCUCCUGAAAAAGCAGUCUCGAGGAACAUGGAUGCUAAUAAUAAACUGACUUUCUUUGAGGGAUGUAAUUAUGCCUUUGAUUUGGAGGAUUUGUUGAGAGCUUCUGCCGAAGUUUUGGGAAAGGGAACGUUUGGUACUGCUUAUAAGGCGAUUCUUGAGGACGCAACCGGGGUUGUUGUGAAGAGGUUGAAGGAGGUAGCCUUUGGAAAGAAGGAUUUUGAGCAAUUCAUGGAAAUUGUUGGAAGUCUUAAACAUGAGAAUGUGGUUGAGCUUAAGGCAUAUUAUUAUUCCAAAGAUGAGAAACUGAUGGUAUAUGAUUACUACAACCAAGGGAGUGUCUCUUCUUUGUUGCAUGGGAAAAGAGGAGAGGAAAAGGUGCCUUUAGAUUGGGAUACUCGGUUGAGAAUAGCUUUAGGUGCUGCAAGAGGCAUCGCUCGCAUCCAUGUUGAAAAUGGUGGUAAACUUGUACAUGGAAACAUCAAGUCCUCAAACAUCUUUCUCAACACUAAACAGCACGGCUGUGUAUCUGAUCUUGGUCUAGCGACCAUAUCAACCUCACUUCCCCUACCAGUCUCACGAGCUGCCGGUUACCGAGCACCUGAAGUUACAGACACAAGGAAAGCAGCACAACCUUCAGAUGUUUACAGCUUUGGAGUGGUGUUACUAGAGCUUCUAACUGGGAAAUCACCUAUCCACAAUACUGGCGGCGAUGAGAUUAUCCACCUAGUGAGGUGGGUUCAUUCGGUUGUGCGAGAGGAGUGGACGGCCGAAGUAUUUGACUUAGAGUUAAUGAGAUAUCCAAAUAUAGAAGAAGAGAUGGUGGAGAUGUUGCAGAUAGCUAUGUCAUGUGUGGUAAGAAUGGCUGAUCAGAGACCUAAGAUGUCAGAAGUUGUGAAGAUGAUAGAAAAUGUGAGACAGAUCGAUAAUACACAAACUCGACCAUCAUCUGAUAACCAAGGAGGAGUUAAAUUAUCAUCUCAACGCGAUAACGACAAUGAUAACUCGCCUUCUUCCACUUCUUCCCCCUUACCAAAAGGAAGUGAUUGAAAACAAAUUUGUUGCUUUUUAUUUCAUUUGAGUGUAUUUGUUCCACGUUCUAAAAAAGUGCAAGAUGAUUAACUACUUAUUAUUUUUUUCAUAUGUUUUUUUAA